AUGGCCUCUUACCUCGUCACCGGUUCUUCACGCGGCAUUGGGCUUGCCUUGGUCACCGCCCUUGCAUCCAAACCAACUACCGAAGUUGGCAAAGUAUUUGCGGCGUCGCGAACCGAAACUGACAGCCUGAGGCGGCUCACUGUCAAAUCGGGAGGUCGUGUCGAGUGGCUCCCUCUAGAGGUCAGCUCUCAAGAGAGUGUUAAACAAGCGGUCAGCAAGGUUGCCGAGUCGCUGGGUGGGAGUGGCCUAGAUGUGCUCAUCAACAAUGCUGGAGUUGGGAGCAAAUGGAACAAGUCAGAGGAUAUGACGGAUCUUGAAGAUGUUUUCAAGGUCAAUGUGUUCGGCGUCCAUGCGGUAACGAGCGCUUUCCUGCCGUUGUUGAAGAAAGGCAGUUUGAAGAAAAUCAUCAUGGUCUCUUCGAUUCUUGGCUCUAUUCAAAUGGCGUCUGCCUUGAAAGCAAUGCUGGUGCCAGCAUACAAGAUUUCCAAGGCAGCCCUCAAUUCGCUCACGGUCCAAUACGCGCUGGAGCUCGAGGGGGAGGGCUUCACCGUUGUGCCAAUCUCACCAGGUUAUGCUAAGACCGACUUGAGUGGCAAUCAAGGUGACAUCACGCCGGAACAAAGCGCUAACGCGGUGCUCAAUUUUGCCUCCCGCAUGACCACUGUGGACAAUGGCAAAUUCUAUGACCUCGGCGCGAUGAAGGAUGCCCCACCCCCAAGCACGUACUUCGGCGAGAACCCACCAUGGUGA